CUUCACUAAAAUUUUUACACUUUUCUCGAACUAUCAAUGAUCCACGUAACUAUCAGAACAUUAGAGUCCGAAAAUUAUGAAUUUGAUCUAGAUGAUAAUAUUACAGUGUCAGAGUUCAAGGAAAAAAUUACUGCCAGAAUAUCUCUUUCUGUUGAUAAGCAAAGAUUGAUAUUUAAAGGAAAGGUAUUGCAAGAUAAUAAGAUUUUGCAAAGUUAUGGUGUUCAUGAACAAGUUAUUCAUAUGGUUGAGAGGCCCCCUCCAUCAAAUAUUUAUAGUAGCACUGAGUCUCACUCAUCUCCUACAAUUAAUGAAGAUCCAUCAACAUCUCAACCAAGAGUAUUUUUAGGCACAGUUGAUAUCCCUUUUACUGAUGGAAAUUUUGACAUGUCCCAUUUCGAAAACGCACUUCAUCAAUUCGCCCACAAUUUAACAAAUCAAUAUAUGCCACCUUCUAAUAAUCAAGCGAUGCCGAUAAUACAAAAUUUUAAUCCUGGUUCCUCCAUUAGUUCACCAAUCAGCAAUUCGGAUCAAUUAUUAAAUCCACCACCUCACACUCUUAGUUUUUCUAAGUCUAGAUUAGAAAUCGCCCAAAAUAUGCUUAAGGAAGCUAAAAAAGAUAUCGAAAAAUUGAAUAAUUCUGAGUCAAGUAGCGCGGAUAUUAUUCAAACCCAGACACCCUCUACUUCCCAUCCAACAAAUACAAAUUUGAACGAAAACCCUGAGGAUCAUGAUUAUGCUGCAAAUUCUACCAUUAAUCAUACUAUCACUGAAACGAAUUCUGAUAUACUUUCUAGGACCUUUGAAAACCGUCCUAAAACCGAUGCGAUGGCUGAUAUUAUACAUGAAUACAGCAGUAUCUUGACCGCUUUUUUGCCUCAUCUAAUGUCCACAUCUCAAAGUUUAAGAAGAACAGAUAAUAUCCCAGAUUUGAAAGAUAGACAGCGAAUUCAAUUGGAAUUCAGCCUCGUAUCUCGUAUAAUGCAUUACCUGAGCCAUGCCCAGCACGCUAUGAGUGAUAUUGUGGUUGAUUUUGCCGAAUCCGAUCCCAGGUAUUUAAGAGCUGCCGUUUUACACCAAGCCGUUGUACCCGUCGAAAUUACAGUGCCAUACCAACUUCCCCCUUUCGUUAUGCCAUCUGCUAACAAUAAUAUGACUUCUCAACCCCUAAAUAUUUCGUUAAAUUUGAAUAACAAUUCAAAUUCAACAAUUGGGCAGCUUAUCAGCCAAUCAGGUCCCAUAUCAACAUCGAAUGUUAAUAUUGGCGAGGAAAUGGGUGCCAGGGACAACUUCAGAAUAGUAAUUGAGCAAAGAGAUGUUGAUAACCUUUUUACAGACGAUGAAAAUGAAAACGAUAUUAAUCGGGAAAAUGUGACUCAAAUGGAAGAAGAAUACAUAGCCUCAUCCAUGGCAGAUUUUAUCAGUAAUAGUAUCGAACGACAAAUUAUGUUAUUGGACGAUAAUCAAGAUGCCACAUUGAGAACUCAAUCAGAUGGAAUGAGCAGUGAACAUGUUAUACCUUCUUCCCUUCCCAGUCAACCCUUGCCACUUACUCAAUUUGGCAUUUCAUCACUACCGCUAGAAACAAAUAAUCAACCUCACAGGAUCAUUAUUAUUGGGACUAAUUCCUUGACAACUCAACCAAUGGAGCAGCCAGGUUCUACUCUUGCGACACCUAAUAUAGGAAUUCAACAAAACCAUAACUUACCUCAUAUAGUUCAAUCACCCACCACUAACCAAUCAUGGUCUCACAAUGUAGCUGGCGCAGUGCAAGGAAUCAUAUCUUCAAUUAUGACAAAUUUAAACGGUUCAACUUCAAAUAUGAUUCCCAAUGACAUAACCAACAGUUCGGUGGAAACUAGUGGUAAUCAACCUCUGAGACGGUCUUUAUCAUUAGGCAAUAGAUCCAACCGUAGAGUCCUUAAUUUUGUUGGCAACAAUACCAACAUUGGUUCUAGCACGAAUUCUUUUCCCGAAAAUUUUACGCUAACAAAUGGAAUGACGUACACUUUGGCACCUGGCACUCAAAAUAACGCCAGACGGAUACCUUUAAGUCUCAACAAUAAUUCGCCUAAUAUCAACAGGCUAACCACUUCAGCUUUAACUUAUCAAGCCCCCAGAUUGGGUAGUACUAGAAGGAGAACAGCCACUAGAGCCAAUUAUAUUCCAAAUAUUAGACCCAUGCACGAAGCUAGUUCAUCUCUGUUUCCUUCUUUCAACAAUAAUAAUAUUUUGUUUAAUCACAAUGAUCCCUUACUGCCUUGCUAUUCUCAUCAUUUCGUCAAUUUGCAGGAAAAUGAGGAAAGAAACAUUAAUUAUGUUAGGAUUCAACCAGUGGGUGCCACCAUACAAAGGACAGUUAUUAGAAGAAACCCUCCUUUGGCUAAUUUUGCAUUGAAUAAUACUGGUCCCACUUCCAAUGCCAAUUUAGGCCAACCUCCUCAUUCAACGAAUGUUCUAGUAUCAUCUCAAGCCUCUAACUUAGCUUUUCCGCCAGGAAUGGAUAUGCUUCCAGGAUUGCAAAACAUGAUUUCAUCUGUCCUAGAAAGAUUCGCUAACCCUAGAUCUGGUUCUACAUUCCCGGACUUAAAUAACACUUCCCCCUUUUCCCAAUUAUUAAACACCUUCAUGAUGCCCCAGCAGGUCAACACUUCUAGCUUUUCUGGCCCUAGUCCUAAUGUAAUGAACUUUUUGGGAGCCCUUCUAGGACAGUUCAUUUUGCCGAGUCAACAGACAGAUCAAAGUACUGCCUCUGAUAGUAGCAACAUUACAAACCCAUCAAUAUACGAUUUUCUAGCCGGUUUUUCACACUUAUUUCCAGAGUUUGAUUUUAGCGUCGGUACACCCGUGACCUCGUCUAACCAAACUACGACUGAUAAUGAAGAUCAAGACAUCUUGUCUCGUUUCGUAACUUACGCAUUCAGAAACACAGAUUUUCCUACACUUCAAAAUGCUUAUCUUAGACGAUCCGAAGGUUUAGUCCAUUUCAAUCGAUUGAUAAGAAAUUUUAUCACCCGAGAAGUUUCUCCAGCCGCGACUUCUGUUAACGAGGAUUUUAACGUCUCAAACGUUGUACCAAGUAAAGAAGAUCUCGUUAUGCUUAUGGACCGAAUGGAGGCUGAGCUAGAACCUUUUUUGGAUGAGAUUUUUAGAGAUUUACCCACUAUCGAAGACAUUGAUUUGUCCGAAACCGUUUUGAAAUAUAUCAACUCUGUUAUGACUUACCUAUUAAUAACAAUUUUCUUAAUGCCUCAGGAUCAAACAGGAACUCCUUUUGACAUGAUAAGUCUUCUUACUAGUUGUGCACAGCAAUUGAACGAAUUGCUUUGCUGUGCAUUGACUCAACCCUCUUCAGACUUACCCAUUAUUAUUAGAAGAUCGCUCAAUUCAUCAUCCUCUUCUCUCAAUUUCCCAAUCAUUGGAAGCAAUAAUGGGGCAGAAAAUUUUCUGACAGGUAUAGUAAUGGAUUGGCUACAGUCUUGCAUCCUGACGUCCAGAGAAAAUAUUGAUACUCAAGAGGCCCAAUUCCUGAGAUAUUUCUACGUUGCUGACAAUUCUUCCACAUCGACGAACGAAUAUAACGAAGGCCAGGGUGAGAAUGCUAGAAUUGUUAAAAAGGCGACAGAUAGCGUGUCAUCUCAACAAAACUUUGAUGAACCUUCAAAGGAAAACGAUAAAAGAAAAGUUGAUUAUAUGGAUAUCGAAGAUGAGGAAGAUUCGUUCGAAGAUGCCCUAAAUUAUUUGCAUAAAGCGGAAAAUAAAAAUAUGCACAAAAAUAACAAAACAAAUGGAAGACCUAUAGUCGAACAAUCUGAUUCUUGGAAAAAUCAUUUACCUAAGGAAUGGAUAAACACCAUAGAAGAUGAUAUUAAUAAGAUUAACGGCGAUUCUUUGAAUAAUAAUGAAGUUGGAACAAGUAGAUCUUUGCCUACAGAUAACGCCGAACCAGUUUUAAUGACUUAUAGUGAUGCUUAUAUAUCUGGGAUGCCCUUAAAAAGAAGAAAAAUGAUGGAGAACUUCCAAAAUACCAGGUUAUGUUCCCCUUACAUCGAUGUAUAUCUCAGAGAUAUGUUGGAAAAAUCGCUGCACGAAUCUGGAAUACUUCUUUCAUUCACUGAAUUUGAUGAAAUGUUUACUAGAAUGAUGUUGGAUGAAAAUUUGUUAAAAUCUUUCAGAACUAUGCUGGCUGACAAAAUGAAAAAUAGUAUAAACAAGAAUGCCAUUUAUGAACCCUCUAAAUAUCCUCACAUCAAAGACUUUGUUAAUGAUCUCGGACAAUAAACGAAACAAUAUAUUUCUUUUUAUAUUAUAUAGAUUAUGCAUCGAUAUCUUUAUAUAAAU